UUUUUUCUAUAUUUUUACAAAGCUUUUUUUAUAAAAUCUUAUAAGUUUAAAUGAAAUUACGAUAUGGAGAAACAAGAGAUAAGCUUAAAAUGGAAUGGCUAUCAGAACAACAUUUUGGCAAACUUGAAAGAGUUGUUCAAAGACGAAAAUCUAUCGGAUGUUACAUUGAUUUUGGAGGGAUACAGUUUUAAGGCCCACAAAGUGGUUCUUUCAGCAAAUAGUUUACUAUUUAGAUCAAUAUUUCAGCAAAACCCCCACAAGGAUCCAAUUAUAGUUUUGCACGACAUCAAUCUAGAUUCCCUGCGAGUUUUAUUGACAUUCAUGUACUAUGGCGAGGUAAAUGUGACUGAAGAAUUUCUACCAAUAUUAUUGAAGACUGCUGAGACUUUGAAGAUAUGUGGCUUAUCCACAGGAAAUGAAACCGCGCGAGAUAACGAGAUAAACCCGCCAUGUACACCAAUGCAAUCGAAAAAACGUAAAAAUACUGAAGCAGAUGAUGCUGCAAGGCAGAAAAAAGCUAGUACUAAGUCAAAUAAUAGUGUUGCUGUCAAUGGGGAUGUUCCAAAAGAAAAUCAACAGCAUCAGCUAAAUAUCAUACCAAAAGAAGAACCGAUUGAUUCACCAUUAACAGACUAUUCUGGAGAAAACACAAAUGACACUGAUAUAGCAGUUUUGGAUAGUGCUCUUGAGAAAAAAUAUCCCAUGAACACUGAAUGCCUCUCUAAAAAAGCAAUAAAUAGCAAUUGUAAUCUUAAAAAAUGGAUUAACGAAGUAAGCACACACACGCCUCAAUGCAUUGCUAACGAAAAAGGAAAUGAAGUUGAUGAGGAGAAAGAUUUGGAAAUUGAUAAGGAAGUGGAAACAGUUCUACAGAGUGGAACAAUAGUCGAGUCACUGAGUAUUACCACAGAAAACUUGAAUUUUGUUUCCAAUGAAGCUCAUAAUAUGAAAGAUAAAAAUACAACCUGCUAUGCUAGUCCAUCGUUUCCAUGUCCAUUCUGUCCUCGGAUUUACAACAGCUGGGGAUACCGUAGAAGGCAUGUCAAGUCCAGACAUUUCACUAACAGGCUUUCAUGUAAAUGGUGUGUAUCAGUGCUGGCUUCGACUGGUGCCUGGUAUUCCCAUGCCACCCGAGCUCACGGGGUACCACACGAGGAGGCUCGGAACUCGCUGGUGGUUAUGGUAGAGGCACAUGCGGUCCUCACACUAAAGGAACCCAGCGUGGCCCAGUUGUUGGGCCAAGUCGGUAUAACUGAUAACAACGGUAAAAGCAUAAACGAAAAGAGCAAUAAUUAAAGUCAAUAAUUUUAUUAAGAGCUCAGUAAGGUAAGAGUUUUUGUGAGAAUGAUAGUUUUUUAAGAAUUUAUACUAUUUGCAUAUGAGUUUGUAUUCUAUAAGUAUAUUUAAGAACACUUUUCUAAAAGAUAUUUUUAUAAAGAGCCAUACUAUAUUCUAAUCAAAUAUUG